AUGGUGUCGCCAAUGUUCUCCCUAAGAAGUAGUUCUAACAGUAGCCGGAAACAACCCAGUGUGGUGGAUGGAAAAGGAACGAAACCCACCAGCGGAAAGGAGGGGACUGAACAGGAGGAAGAUGACCAAGUAAAGAAUUUGUACAAUGAAAAUUCAUUAACGAACGUAGAAAGUUACUUGAAUUAUGCACAGCAAGAGGUACAAGUUUAUCCAAUCAGCAGAACUACCACCCCACAUCAAAUCAACAUUGGAAGCAUGGAAAGUGUACAUCAGGAUGAUGGGACCUUUAAUCCUAUUGAGAAAUCUUCAACACUGUUAUCUCAUGGUGAGGAGGAGCAAUGCAAACUUAUAAACGAGAAUGACGAUGGGAAUGAGGACGGGGUGGUGAGGAGACAGACCAGAAGUGUCAACAGUAAUAAGUACCCUCUUAGUUGUGAUCAGAGGGACGAAGCGGAGAUUGCGUUCGAUUCCGGAGUUACAGAAUCGGGUCUAAAUGAAAAGAGACAGAAGUAUCCAAGGAACGAGGCCCUACAGGGUGUGUCCGCUCCACAGGAUGGUAGCGGCAGUUUGAGGAAUAAUGUUAGCCACGGUAGUGGUGACCGUGAGGAUAGGGAGCAGUGUGCCCCUAAUUGUGAAAAGGAGGGACUCGCUGAGGGAAGGGCGAUCGAGGAAGAAUGUGAGGAGGAAGAGCAGGUCGAAGUGGAUGCCGAGGCGGAUGUCGAAGCGGACGAGGCUGAAGACGAAGACGAACUGGGCAUGUCGCCCCUCGAGCAGAAUAAUAGAGUGGAGGCAGUAAAUGCACGGUCGUAUUUAGAAGAGCCACGCGUCCAUAACGGAACGGCGGCCUCAUACGACGAAGGGAAACCACACGAUGGCGAGUCCAAUUUGGGUGAGGACAGUGGAGACGCCUACCAAGGUAGGAACGAAAUGUGCAAGGAUGAAGAAUUGAAGGAAAGGUUCGAAGAGUCGUUAAUCAGUGACAGCUGUGUAUACAGCAAAGAUGAGGAAGGGAAGUCAGAGCAUUCCCUUUUUAAGGAAGAACAUGAAAUGGAUAAUCACCUUGAUGAUAAAUUUAACGAUGAGGUGCAAUUGAAAAACGAAAUGCAAAUGAAGAAUGAGAAAAGUGAAGGAAACAGUAACGAGCAUUUUAAAAAUUCAUUAAUAAAAGAUAUGUUAAUGCAGAAGGAGAGUGCUACUGAACAUUCUUCUCCCCCCAUUGACCAGAAUAAGACACUUGCCCUUAUAGAUAACCUCCUUAGUAUUAAAGGGGAGGAGGGGGUGAACAAUCAGUUUGAGAAAUUAUUUGCAGAGGAGAGCAGAGACGUGGUUAGCAAUGGCUAUGUCGCUGUGCCCAUUGCGAAUGAAUCCACGGCGUGUGGAAACCCAUGUGGAGGGGUCGCUGUAGCAAGGGGCAUGCAGACAUAUGUGAAUGUUGCUGUUACCGGUGCUGCUACUGCUGUUGGGAAGAGUGGCUGCAUGAGCCAUAGGGAAACCCCUGUUAAUGUGUGCGUAGGGAAUAGCGCCGUGGGAAACAACCUCGUUGGCAAUAACCUCAUGGGAGGAACACUCGUUGGAAGUAACAUGGUUGGAAGUAGUAAUAUGGUCGGAAGUAAUAUGGUUGCAUGUACCUCCUAUGACAACCAUGGUAGCGGAGGAAUACACGAUGGCUACGCCAUGGCCAGUAAGGAAGCCCUAAAUAAAAGUGAAAGUAUAAGGAAGUCCAAAAUAAUCUGCCUGAGCUAUCUACGUAUAUUGAAACGAUUAACCUCCAUCUGGAGUGAAACGAACAAAUCCUUCGAAUACCAUUUUGUGAAUAUUCUGAACAAUGUUGACAUGAACAACUUGGAUCUAUACCUCUGCUGUUUUUCAAAUAUAAAAGUAUCUGCAGCGAAAAGUUUGUUUCUUGAAUCGAUUGUGGAAUGCAUUGAAGAGCUGGAAAUUAUAAAGAAGUUAAAAAGCGUUCAGGGAAAGGAGGAGAGCAAUAUAUAUGACACAAGUACUUCCUUUAGUUCUUCUUCCUCCAGUGGAAACAAAAAUGGGAAGAGUGAAAUGUUAAAACAAAUCAUGGAUGAAGUGGAGAAUAAUUUGUCUAAAGAAAUUGUCGACGAGAUGCAUGACUUGUCCUUGAGAAAUCCCUACUUUAGCAGCACCUACCAUGGGAACAACAGUGUGAGUAAUGUUAUAUCAUCCGUGUCUCCUCAUGUGGCGGAUGGAGAGGCUAGCGUACUGUCCCUCUACAGCUGUGGGCAUAAGAAGGUUGGUGGUAACCACAACGUGUGUAACGGUUCGAGUGGAAACGUCGAUUUGAAAAGGGAGAAGGAUUUCCUAACUUGCGGAGGUAGUAGGAGUCAGUGCGGUGUGUCGGCUGCCUGUGCAGGUGGAGCAACCACCGGUGCUGUCGGAACAACUUCUUCCGGGGGGGGAAGCUUCCCCAGUUACGCGUGCAACUCGCAUGGCAACCACUUCGCCUGCUCCAGCGCUCACCCAUUGAACUGCUCCAUUGGGCACAUGCACAACAACUGCAUAGGUACCAGCACAACAAGCAUAAACGGUAACAAUAAGGUAAACCCACUGAGCAAUAACUACAGCACAAAUAUGAUGGGCUUGGUUGGAAAUAAUAACCCUCUAAGUUAUAGUAACAGCUUCGCUGCCACUUCCAACUCGAGCAAGAAGAAAUGCAGCUACUCGGAUGAAAAUAUUUUGAACAAAUUAAACGUCAGCAUAGACUAUAACUCGUACAACGACUACAGCAACAAUUAUAUUCAGGAGGCCGAGAAGGUAGUGGAAAAAUAUAAGAAUUUGAGUAAGCUCAAUUCGAAGGAGAGUGAAAAUAUGUAUAGUACGUGCAGCCAGUCUACUGUGCAGGACGUGGGUAAUGCUAAUGUGAAUGCCUAUUUGCACUUUAAAUCAUUUUUGGCGGAGUAUGCGAAUAUGCACAAGGGAGGUGAUGCAGAGAACAACAAGUUGAAGGACGUAGACUUGACCCCCAGUGACUUGAGCUUUUUGCGCUAUCUCUGCGCGCAUCUAUGCGGAUCCGGCGGAUGGGAGGAUAAUGGACCCAACGAUGUAUACUGUCAUGAGAAGGACAUGAAGGAUGUGAAGAGCUUCUACGACAAGCUGAAGCUGGACUCAAGCAGCAAUAACGACAUGGACAAAUUUUUACAAGAGUACAAACUUAGUGAGGAGGACAACUUUGAUGAGAAGGAGUACUAUAGCAAAUACGGACGAAGUGGAAACAAAGGAGGCAUUCUAAACGGAUGUGAUAAUAAUACGAAUUGUUCAUCGAACACUUUCCAGAACAUACUGAGGAAGAGAAAGUUGAGGGACACGUCUCCUGCGCACCACCAUCACAAUCAUCACCCUAUGCAGAAAUGCAAUGGAACGGGUGUAGGUGGGAAUGCAAGCGGGGUCACUGAUCUGAAUGGAAACGGUGGAGGUGGAGUGAACGCGAACGGAGCGGGUCUGGGGGGCUAUGACUUGAACUACCUCCUGUGCAAUACGAAUUUGUUGAAGAAGUUGAAGUUUAAUUUGUUAGAGGAAAAGAAGGGUGCACAUGUGAGCGGCCUUGGCGGUAGCGGAGGAGAAGCCAGCUUGCUUGGAGUGAUCGACUUGUUGAAGAAGGACUCCAACGAGUACUCCGUGGACGAAAACAGCGGCCCGCACAUGAAUACGAGAAAAAGCUUCGCUAACAAGAAUAACGCCAUGAAUAAUGUGAAAAACUACAAGGAAAUUUUGAACCUGUCGCAGGAAAUUUUUAGCAAGAAGAGAGCCACUGGAGGAGGUGCAACCGGAUCGACCUCAACGUACAAAAAUGGAAACGACCGCGAUAGAGAUCGCGACUCUGACAUGUUCCACCACAACCAUCACUACCCCUCCCUGAAUCAUCCAUCUCUCCCACAUCACCACAUAAACCCUACCGCAUUGUAUGACUUUAUAAUGAACACAAAUAAUGGCACCAGCGGAUUUUUGGAAAAUUCCCUGCACCAAUCCAGAAGCCUCCUUAUGAAAAGCCAAAAUGGAAACAAUAGAAAUGACAGUAGUAACCUGCAUGAGAAUGGAAAGGGGAACCAGAGUAACAACAGUGGUAAUAACAAUAAUGGCACCAUGAAUAUGAACGGAGGAUACAAUGUGAAUGGAAGUGCCACGAGUAAUGCGACUCCGAGCGGGUUGCAGAAGAAGAGGAGUUACGAUUUCAGUGCCGAUUAUAAUUCCAAGAUGAGUGCCAAUGACUCGGAGUUGUCACUAAGUAAUAAUGAUAAUAGUAGUGAGCUCCUUUUGAGUAGUGGCAAAAUGGACGGUGGGGGUUCUUGUGGGGCUGGUGGUUUGAGCAGUGCUGUGACUGCAGGUGGGGCACACGGAAGUAUGAGCCCUUACAAACAUAGCAAGAGUGAAAAUGGAAAGGGAGUUGGAAUGAAUAACUCUUCAAGUGGUGGAAAUAAAAAUAUAAAAAAUAUGAAAAGCUCUUCUACCAUGACGUCCGUCCCAUCAACAACUUAUGGCAUUGGGGGCAAGUUGAAGUAUGAAAUGCCUGUAGGUGUAAAUCCAAAUGAUGAUAAAGUGAAGGGAGUUUAUUUUUCCAAAUCUCCUAGAGGAGUUGGUAAAUGGAAUGCUUAUUUUCAAAUAGCCAAUAAUAAGAGGCUCUUUACCAGCUUUAGUGUAAGCAAGUACGGAUAUAACGAAGCCAGAAAAUUGUCCAUACUGAAGAGAACCGAGUGGGAAAAGGAGUAUAGGCACCACACCGAUAUGAAGAACGCAGAUUUGAAAAAGGGGAAGAAGAAGUCCAGUCAUCAGCAGCAGGAGCAGCACACACAGCAACAGACGCAGCAGUCGCAGCAGCAACACCAGCAUGGUGUUAAUGGUAGCCUCGUAAAGAGUAGUGCUAAAAAUGUAUCAAGGGGAAAUAAUAACCAUUCGGUAAAUUCCAACAGCGAAGAGUCCAUAUCGUAUGGGAAGGAAAAUAGACUCCAUGAGGAUAGCAGUUUAAUGUACUCGAAUGAUGAUGAGGAGGGCUGCUUGAUUGGCAACAAACUGGCUGUAGAUAUUUCGAGCGAGUUGAAUGAUGUGAACGAUUUUAACGAUUCGCAUAUUUUAACUGGUGGGGGUGGAAGGAAAGUGAACAAGUUAAACAUGUCCGCCAGUGGGAAUAAUGGUAACGGGGCAGGAGUAGGUUGUGUUGCUAGUUCUGGUAUGACGCCAGGAGAAUGCAUCAAGGAGGACGACAAUAUAGACUUCUUCAUCGAGUGUACGAAAAACGAUAACGACGCGUUUAACUCCAUGGAUCUUCUGCGUUCAAGUUUGAAUGGCGGGGCGGCAGAUGACAGUAAUGAUAAUGGGGAUGGGAGAAGCGCCCUCAACGGGAAUGGAGCAAAUUUUUCCCUAAAUUCGCCCGCGGACUCCUAUGGCAGCGGGGCAGAAAAUAACAGCGGCAACGGCAAGCAGUCCAUGAACUCCUCCAGGGGAAUGUCCAACUCGAUUGGGUUGCCCAACAAGUACAUCCGCAAUUUGGAAUUUCCCACAAUCGACUCCCACACGGUGAGCAACUUUUUGGAGGCCGUCACGGACGAGCAGAAAAUUUCUUCCUAG